CCUACAAUGAAAUCAAGGUAGACGGCGCAGAAACCUCGAGCGAAAAUUGGUGUGACGGGAGGGCUGCCUUAAGAGUUACCGGUUGAGGACAGCCUAUUCCAUAUUCACUGCUGGCUGAAGACAAUGGAGACAGAAAUUGAGCAGCAGGAAGAAGAGAACACAUUCAGCAACACUGACACUAACGGCAAGCGCCCCGCUGAGGACAUGGAUGAGGAGCAGGCUUUCAAGCGCUCUCGCAACACCGAUGAAAUGGUGGAACUCAGGGUGCUUCUCCAGAGCAAAAAUGCAGGGGCUGUGAUUGGAAAGGGGGGCAAAAACAUUAAAGCCUUGCGCACAGAUUACAAUGCCAGUGUAUCAGUCCCAGACAGCAGUGGCCCAGAGCGUAUCCUGAGUGUGAGUGCAGAUAUCGAGACCAUUGGUGAGAUUCUGCUAAAGAUCAUUCCUACCCUGGAGGAGUAUCAGCACUACAGCGGGACUGACUUUGACUGUGAGCUGCGUCUGCUGAUUCAUCAGAGUUUGGCUGGAGGCAUUAUUGGAGUCAAAGGUGCCAAGAUCAAGGAACUGAGGGAGAACACCCAGACAACCAUCAAGCUCUUUCAGGAGUGCUGCCCUCAUUCCACUGACCGUGUGGUGUUAGUUGGGGGUAAACCUGAGCGUGUGGUCGAAUGCAUCAAGGUCCUUCUGGAGCUGAUUGCAGAGGCGCCUAUCAAAGGUCGAGCCCAGCCCUAUGACCCAAACUUUUACGAUGAGACCUACGACUAUGGCGGCUUCACCAUGAUGUACGAGGAGAGAGGUCGACGGCCUAUGGGAGGGUUCCCGAUGCGAGGUCGGGGAGGGUUCGAACGCAUGCCUCUUGGACGUGGAGGUCGUUCCUUGCCCCCUUCUAGACGGGAUUAUGAUGAUAUGAGCCCCCGCCGCGGACCACCUCCACCCCCGACAGGGAGAGGAGGACGAGGGGGCAGCAGGGCCAGAAAUCUGCCUCUGCCCCCACCACCACUACCUAGAGGAGGAGGUGAUCGAUAUUCCCACCAGAGCUAUCAUAGCAAUAUGGAUGACAGACCAAACAGUGACCGAAGGGGGCGACCUGGAGACCGUUACGAGAGUAUGAGUGGAGGUGGAUAUGACAAUAAUUCUUCUUGGGAGCCCUUCCAGUCUGGUGGUCGAGGUUCCUACAGCGACAUUGGUGGGCCGGUUAUUACAACACAAGUGACCAUCCCCAAAGAUCUGGCCGGCUCCAUCAUUGGGAAAGGCGGGCAGAGGAUCAAGCAGAUCCGUCAUGAGUCGGGAGCAUCUAUCAAAAUCGACGAGCCUCUGGAGGGCUCAGAGGACAGGAUCAUUACCAUCACAGGCACACAGGACCAGAUUCAGAACGCCCAGUAUCUACUACAGAACAGUGUGAAGCAGUACUCCGGUCGGUUCUUCUAGAGAGUGGAGAGUGAAGCCAAACUGCCAUACCCAUUGACUUCAACUUAUUUUCAGAGCCUACAUUCCUCUACUUCUUGGAUAGAUGUGCUCCCUGCCAUUUCUCCUAACCAUUUAAACGACACAUUUGAAGGAAACGUUUUGUCAAUAGCAAGUGGAUCCAUUUAUUUCUGUAAUAUUUUCUUUCUGUUCUUGCACGCUGUUUUUCCAUUAUCGAUUGUACUGUUUUGUAAGUUGAGGGAGCCCAUCUGUAAUGUCCACUGUUGGCCUUACCAGAGCUGCAUGCUUUGUGCAACAUGCAGAAUGUAAUCUUAUUUUAUACGUUUUUUUUUUUUGUUUUGUUUUUUUUUUGCCAAUGGAUUUAUUGUCCCCUGCCCUUUUUCUUGAUCAUGAGUGUUUUUGGGAAAGUGUAAAUAUUCAGUUAAUUCUUUAAAAGUUUUAGUAUCCGUAUCAGUCUUAUUUAAAGAAUGAACAUCUAUUUUGAUUGGAAGAAUGGGGGGAUUAAAGGUGGGGUCUUCUCUCCACUCGUUUUUCAAAUUCGUAUAACUUCAGGAGAUGAAUCGAUCGUUUGUAUUUCACCGACAUCGGGAUCCAUUAAGUCUUGCUGGCUCUUGUUUUGUAUCCGUUUGUAAACCAUUUUUACCAUUUUAGAUGGAUCUUUCUAGAUACCUUUCUCUCCACAGACAGAGGGAAACAAAAGCUUCUCUUUAAAAAAAAAAAAAUUCUCAUAUCUUUCUCCUCUCUCUGUCCCCUCUGAUGUCUUUGUAGAAUGUGCUGCAUAUCUAAAAAAUAAAGUCUGUGCCACCUUUUACUAAA